GGAGAUCAUAAAUUUUUCACUCACUUAUAUCACCUCAAAUAUCCACCUCACCUAGUGUACUCUCAUCUACGUUGGAGUUCGUCUCCCAGCCCUAUAUUCAAUCAAAAUGAAGUUCACUGCCACUCUUACAAUUUAUGCUACGUUAGCUGUGACAGCGUUUGCGCACAGAAGAGAAUCCCUUCAACGCUGCUCAACCAACUCAGUCCUACCAUGUAUAUGUCCUGCAGGUACAGAUUACUGGGAGUCUUCUACGUGGUCUGUAGUUGGAGCCAGUGCAAACGAUGUUAAGGAUCUAAUCAUGGAUUACUAUAACUCCGCUUGGCUCGGAGUAACACCUUAUGAGACCCGUGGUCCGGAUAACAAGCCCGGCGUUUCCAUUCGCACCUCCUAUCUACCAACAAAAGUAGGCACAUAUAGUAUUUCAGAGAAGUUAACAGACCUCAAGAUCGACUCUCGCGGUGGAUUUAUUGAAAAAUUCGAGCAACUUUCUUCCACUAUUCCCGUGGCGUACAAUUCUGGCAAUGGUUCUUUCAGUGGAUAUUGGGUUACUUUGGAGAGUACUUAUAUUUUCAAACACGAAACAGCUAUAAGAUGGAGUAUCUAUGCCUGUGAGACAGGACAUGCGAGAAAUUUCGCUGUUUUUCAUGAGAAUGCGUUGAAAAAUGUGAGUAGUGUCUUGACAGCGCAGGGCAAAAUAAAGGGCAUAAAUCUACAGCCGUAUUCCGUCCAGAACUUCUAGAGUUGUUUUUGGGAAAGAAGAGAGCAUUAAAGAUGGCUUUGUAUGACUAGUAAUGGAUAUUAAUUGAAUGGGCA